AUGGAUUCGCACGCCGUAAAAAGCCAGCAAAACGUUGCGGUACAUACGAUCAGUUUUAGGGGCAAGGCAGGGGCCAUCUUCGUACUCCUCUUCUUCACCUUUGCCCUUUUUCUUGUGGGGUUCAUCACCCCAAGAUGGUCAAAAAUUGAUGACACCUAUUUGGGAAUCUGGGAAAAUUGUACCUGUCUUCCGCACAACUAUGCUGGAGAUGCCCAACUGAUAGCGAUAAACAGUCUGCUGGCAGCCUCUUUCCUUUUCCUCCUCAUCUCCCUACUCCUAAUCACCAUCUACAUGUGCGUGCACACACCGUGCCAACACAACACUGUAAAAUGA